UACGCAUUAAACAGUUGGGUUCCCUCUUUAGGAUCAAGGGAUCCUCAAACGAGGGACAUAUAUAUGUAUAGAGAUGUUACAACAUAGAACAGGGAACCACGGACACAGGCAGAAUAUGUGGAGAAUCCACCACUAUCUAAUAUAAACAGCUGGAUACAUAGGACAGCAUUGUGGUCAAGAUGGCUAGCUCAAUACAACAAGUUUGGGAGCUGCUGGCUGCUGGAGGACAAGGCCUAGCUAACCAGUUUCAUGGUUUAACAACUGCAGAUGACUUAUUAGUGACAGAGAAUAUGUGGAUAGAAGCUGCCAACUGUGAAGCUUCAAAAGCACGGAAUCUGCAGAUUUGUCGUGGGCGUGGCAUUGACACUGUGUUUCUGUUGGAUAUCUCUGAAAGUAUGGCUGAUGAAGGUCUUGCUCAAAUGAAGAAAGUGGUGCUGGAGAUUCUUGAAAGUAUUGAAGGGUGUAAAUUUGCUCAUCAGAGAGAAGAGAAUGUUGCUAUUGUGACCUUUGGUCAUACAACCUUCGUAGACUGUCAUUUAACGAAUGACUAUAAGGAGAUCAGAGCAUCUCUGGACCAGCUGUUUGCUGGAGGUCGAUCCCCAAUGUUAGCAGGGAUGUACAUGGCAUUGUGUGCCAUUGCUGCUAGAGGAACAGAAACAGUUAUCAAUUCUGUGUCUGUCCACCCAAGAAUUAUUCUCAUAUCAGACGGUCAAGCCACAGACUCAGAGGUCAUCCAUGGCACUGAUCGGAAAACUCAAAAUCUGCCUGCGGAUGCCUGGGAAUCCAUAGUGAACCUGGCAAUCAGACUUGGAGCUGAUCAUCACCCUAUCAGCUGUGUGCCUGUAGGAAAUGCAAAUGAGGACUUCCUCUUGGAAAUUGCUUCAAAAUCUGGAGGUCAUUUAGUGCAACAACAUGAAGUCCAAAGAAUUGGCAGAUACUUUAAAAACCUGACUGAAGUAACCUCUAUGAAACGUAAGCAUGAUUUAACUACAAAAGAUCCUGAGGUUUUCGCUCAGCUUGCCCGCAGUAUGUUGACUGAUGUCAAGGAUGCUGACAUUGAGGAAAUGAUGCUCAUCCUCCUGGAAACAGACAACCUUAGUAGCUGUAAGACACAAGAGGACGAGAUCGUUGAUCCUCAGAUGCCCCUGAUGGGAUCCAGGGUCAGACGUGGCAAGGACUGGAUGUGGGGUGAUCAAGACCUUUCUGGACCAGGAACCAUCACAGGUCACUGUAACCAGAUCGGUUGGUUGACUGUUGAGUGGGAUUUGAAUCAUAUGAGAGGACGAUACAGGUAUGGAGCAGAUGAAAAAUUUGACCUUUCACUGACUCAAGAGCCACGAAUUCUUCAGCAGGAUGAGCUGAUUGGUACCGGAUGCCUUGUGUGUAGAGACAAAGACUGGUCGUAUGGUCACCAAGACGGUGGCCCUACAAAUAUUGGUGUUGUUUUUGAUGUCAAUACCAACGGGAUUGUCAGGGUUCGCUGGCCUAACGGACAUAUGAAUUCCUAUAAAUAUGGUUGUGAAGGAAUGUUUGACGUGCAAAUUUGGCACCCAGAGGAGAGUACUGGCACCCCAUCAACCUGGUCCUCAUCUUCUGGAACUCCUUCUAUCCCUCCUACACCUCAUUAUCCUCAACUUCAUCCUCCUUCAACUCGUGACUCUCAUUUUCUUGAACCUUCACAUAGAUCAAUACCUUCAGAAACCCAUCCCUUACAUCCUACCCAUCAAUCCAUGCCCUCUAAUGCACCUGAACUGAUGCCUAUCCACCCUACUCAGCAAUCUGCAACCUAUGGUGCCCCUGAACCUGAAUUUUUCGAUCCUACCAUUCAGCCACCAGAUUUUAGUGUGCUAGAACCUCCUACAAAUCAGAUUACACGAUCUUCAGACACAUCCAUGCAAGGAUUGGUUGGAAGUCCAGAAAGUAGCAAGGAUAUAUUCAAAUCUCUUGGGACUGAAGUCAAAGACGAUGAUUUAUUCCCUGGGACUUCAGAAUCCUCUAUCCCUGCAGGUGACUUGAAGGCAGGUGGAGAAAUUAAGAAUCUUGCGGUUGAACAAAGAACUGAGAUUUCUGACUCAAAUUUGGCAGGUACACCAUCUCCAGAGAGUUUGAGCUCUUCUGUGCCAGUAUUUACCCACAAGUCUGUCUCCUGGCAGUUUCAGCCCCCUGGAGGCACCUGGCAGUCAUAUUCUGAUGAUAUCAGUCAAAAGAUCGAGGAAAAAUUUCAGAAGAAUAAUAAAACAACAUUAAUCAGAAUUGACACUCAAGAAAAAUCUAACAGCUACCGGAUCAUUUUAAAAGGAAAAUUACGACAGACACAUGUGAAGAGUAAUGGGAAGAAUGCGGGUUCUGUUGAACCAGACUGUGCUGUGCGACGUUUAGAGGUCCCAAAUGAAAUCUGGGAAAUGGACAAGGAGAAAGUGGACCUUUACUUUGCAGCAUUGGAGAAAGGACAGGAAACACUCACCAAUCUUCGUCUGAUGGUGGUUGGGCAUGAAGGAGUGGGCAAAACUACUCUCUGUCAUCAUCUCAUGAAAAUAAUCAUCCCAGAAAACUUGGAAAGUACUAACGGUAUCGACAUAUAUAUCCAUCGCUACCUUAUCAACAUGAAAAGUAAAAAACAGACACCCCUCCCUCCUGAUCGCCAGGAGGAGGCAGCUUGUCUCCGACUUGCCAAAGUUGUGGCUAGUUUUAAACAUGAGAAUGACAUGAUUGGAGAAAAUGUAGUAGUGGAUUCUGAUCAACAUCCUGACCUGAGAAGUUUGGGGAGCAUUGCAGGCGCUGAGAGUCCAAAACAAGAUGUUCUAGAAAGCAUGCCCCUUACUUCUGAGACUAGUGAUAUGACUACCGAAAAGCAGUGGUGUCAAAGCAUUGUAGAUGAAGAACUUCAGGACCAGAGAUCAUAUUCUAGUGAUGAGAGUUACAUCAACAAAUACAGAUAUCCCAAACCCAACAUAAGUAGUACGUGGAAUAACACAGGCAAGCCACGAGAGCGCAAGAUCACCAACUUCUUUAGGAAUGACAUGGUAAAUGUGAUACAGAAGUCUGAAGGCGAGGAGGAGGGCGAGGAAAAGGCUUAUUUAUCUGUCUGGGAUUUUGGAGGGCAGAAGGUGUUCUAUGAUUCUCACCAUAUCUUCCUCAGUAAAGAUGCUGUCUACAUCGUCUGUUUCAAUGUCAGUGACUGCCAUUGUGAUGUGAUCAAGAAGAAAGCAGAAUUUGAGCGUGCCAGGUUCUGGCUUCAUUCUAUUGGUACAUUGUCCACAAGGCAAAAUACGGAGACGGUUGAGUUACCUCCCAUCAUUCUGGUGGGCACACACAUGGACAAAUUGGAAGGAAUGGAUGACGAUGCUAAGAAGGUUGUAUUUUUUGACAUGUGUUCAAUACUUCUCAAGCCACCAGAACUGCAGAAGAUUAAAAACCACAUCCAGGGCUACUGUCCUGUUGAUAAUAGUAAUCCCAAUCUUCCCUGGCUCCCUGACCUCUGGGAAGAUAUUAUCAAGGCUGCUCCAUACCAAUCACAAUGGCAGCGGGCUUUACCUGCAAAAUGGCUGUCACUAGAAAGGGAACUGAUGAAACUUAAAGGUCAAGGUCAAAAGAUAAUGACCUUCGAAGAAGUAACAAAACUGGAUGGAAAGUUGGAAUCACCAAUCGAGAACACCAAGGAGAUUGAAUUGUUUCUGGAGUAUUUACAUGAAACAGGCAAUAUCAUGUUUUUCAAAGAAGAAAUUGAUGGAGAAGGUAUGAUGAACCGCAAAUUGGUUUUGGACCCCCAGUGGAUAGUGUACGCUUUCCGUUGUCUUAUUACAGACAGCAAGUUCACCCAGUUUGACAGCACAAACUUGGACAACAUGUGGAAGAUGUACCAUGUGAAUGCUGAGCUCCUUCAGCCCCUGGUGGAUGCCUUAUGGAGAGGGGACUCCUUCAGAGAACACAAAGCUAUUCUUCUCACUCUCAUGGAGAACUUAGGCCUCAUAUCACGACCAAAAUCACUCAGCAACAUCAAAGUCAAUGAGAAGGCACAGUACUAUAUUGUACCCACCAUCCUGAAGGAGUCCAGUUUUGAUUGGCUAGAAUUGGUGUUGAAAGAAGUCAACACUGUAGCCCAAUCCCGUACGCUGUGUCUGGUCUAUGAGUUUUUGCCUUUUACUAUAUUCCACAAGCUGUUAGCUGCUUGCAUAGGUCAUUAUAAGAUAGCAGCAUACCUGACACAGGAGGGUGUUCCACUACAAAAGGGAUUUGGCUGCUUCAUGGUUGGGCUGCACUGGCAUAUGAUACUCCACUGCAAAAAUUCAGUUGUUAAGGUUACCAUGUUCAAGUAUGUGGAGACAGAAAAUGAGAAGAAGAUUAAGGCUGGGGAGCUGGUGAGUGUGAGAGAAUUCCUGGAGGACACUUUAAAGAAAAUCCUUGGCCGCAACCAGCUGAGUCACCUAACAUUCCAAUAUGAGCUACACUGCAAGUUCUGGUGUGGAGAGAACGAAAAUCGUGUGGGUAAGGAGACUAUACAUCAGGAAUCAAGAGUGCGAUGUUGCGGAUCACCAAAACAACAUUUCUUUGGUCUGGAAGACCUAUCACCAUGGUUUGGUUCCACAGAAUGUGGCACUAUUUAACUUUGCAAACAAAGAAGUUAUAUUAUGAUAAAGGGCUUUCAAAUGGAAAUAUGUGAUGUACAUUCAGCAAUUGUUUAUUGGCAGGGUUGCACACAGUGCAAAUCCGGGUUGUAGUAUGGUGAAUGUUGGGCGAGCGGGCGGGGAAAAGGGGUACCAGUUUUGUAGAAUCAAAUCCUCCUAUUUUUUUGACGUAGAAGCUCAAAACUUUGUAGGUUGUUUAUAUAUAUGUUGAAGAUGUGCACCUCCUAUUGUGGAUUGAUUCUGGACAUUUUACUGGAUUUUCCUGGCUUUGGAACUUAGUUAUUUUCUGCAGUUUGGCAGGGAAAAGGGGUACCAGUUUUGUAGAAUCAACGCCUCCUAAUGUUUUUGAUGUAGAGGCUUGAAACUUUGUAGGAUAUUUAUAUAUAUAUGUUAAAGAUGUGCACCUCUUAUUAAUAUUGAUUCAUUCUGGACGUUUUUUCUUGAUUUUCCGGGCUUUGAACUUAGUCAUUUUCAACAGUCUGGCAUGGAAAAUCCAAGAUGGCAGCCUUUGCCUCUUAUAACAAAAAUUCUACAUACUCAACAAAGGAAACACCCUUAACUACCUUAUAAAUACCAUAUAACAUUGCACUCAUCUCACAACCCGGCCAAUUGUGACUUUGCCCCAUUUUUGAAUGUAGUGAAGGAAAAAGCAAGGAAUAUGAUUAUAAAUAACAAGAGUGUUAUUUGUGUGAAUCAUAGUACAAUUGUUGUUCCAUAGAUUAUGUAUAAAUUAGAGGAUAAUCAUUGCAUCUUAGUUAUAUCAGGUCAGGUACCCAUGGAUACCUUUUAAUGUUUGACCUGUCACUACACUGAAAUUCUCUCUGGAGCAUUGGUAGAUUGCUAAUGUCUGAUAUUGAAUGGAAUUUGGUUAUAUCUUAUAUCAUUAUGGAACAAAUAUUAACUAACAUACGUGAGUAGUUCAAAUUGAGAGGUAAAACACAUCCAUUCAACCUGACCAGACAUGUUACUGGAUUGUGACUCAGCUUGAUUAGAGGCCGCAGCAAUUAUAUAGAAUGGUGCAGAAUGAGAGAGUUUGACUCCCAAGUAGAGUGGAGAACCUCAAACUUAUAACAAGAUGCAGUAUUUGUUAAAGGAAAUGAAAUACUAUAUCAUUGUCCUGUAAGCACAAAUCUCUCAUCCCUUGUGUCCAUCAUAAAAGGACAGGAAUACUGCUGAACAGACCAACUAUAUACCCUAAGAAGGAUUGGAUUUCCAACACUAAAAUAUGUACUACUAGUUCUCUUGAUACCUUAUAUUAUGUAUCAUCAUAUUGUUGCCUUAUUUGUAGGAUCAUGAAUUUCAUUAUAUAUUUUUGAAACAAGUUUUUUUCAUGUAUUUGAACCUCUGGUGAGCUAAAAUGGAAAACUAUGUGACAUGUUUAUAUAUCACAUCAAUGGAAAUCACUCACUAAAGAGAUGAGAAAAAUAAAAGAUGUAUAACCUCUUAUUUAACAUGA